UGGAAGAGACGCAAAUACAUGGAGAAUCACUCUGAACAAAGCACGGAAUGUCCCGCUACUUCAGACAACAGCGACUGUCAGAGGGUUGACCAAUAUGGAUUUAAGAGAUCUGAUUUCAACUACGAAUCCUAUGAGGAGCUGAUGUCUGACUAUUUAGCUGUUGUCACUAGAAGGUCCGAAAAGUGGUCAAAGCUUUUGCAGGGCACUGGAAAAAUGGAGAAGAAUCUGAAAGUGAAGCGAUAUGUGAGGAAAGGGAUUCCGUGUGAACACCGCACCGAAAUCUGGAUGGCGUUCAGUGGAGCCCAAGACCAGUUGGAAAGGAAUCCUGGCUACUAUCAGUCUCUAUUAAAGACAGAGCAGCAUGACCCUAAAAUAGAAGAGGUCAUCCAUGCUGAUAUGCACAGAACCUUCCCUGACAACAUUCAGUUUCAUGACUCCUCCCAGUCAUGUUUACAGAAAGCCUUGUUUAAUGUACUUCUGGCUUACGGACACCACAAUAAGGAUGUUGGUUACUGUCAGGGAAUGAACUUUAUUGCCGGCUACCUCCUCAUCAUUACCAAAGAUGAAGAGAAGUCAUUUUGGUUAAUGGAUGCUUUAAUCGGCAGGAUCUUACCAGAUUAUUACACACAAACAAUGUUGGGGCUUAAAGUGGAUCAAGAGGUGCUUGGUGAGCUUGUCAAAAGCAAGGCUCCUUCUGUUUGGCAGACCAUGAUUCGGCAUGAUGUAAUGUGGACCCUGGUGGUCUCGCGCUGGUUCAUCUGCCUAUAUGUUGACAUCCUUCCUGUAGAGACGGUACUAAGAAUAUGGGACUGUCUGUUCUAUGAGGGAUCCAAGAUUCUGUUCCGUGUGGCUUUGACUCUGAUUCGACACAAUCAGAUCCUCAUCUCACAGGCAAAGAGUCUACCAGAAAUCUGUGAAGGCUUUAAACAGAUCACUCGUGGAGAGUAUGUAGAGAACUGCCACUCAUUCAUGCAGAAAAUCUUUAUGGAGCCAGGAGGUCUCUCUACAGCAACAAUCACCAAACUCAGGAAGAUGUGUAGAAAUAACAUUACUUCUGAGAGCCAAUAACCAUCCUUCGCAACUAAAUGGUGAACAGUUCUGACUACACGCAAGAUAUGAGUCUGUUAUUCUGUUAUAUCUGGACAAAAAGUAAUUGCAUGGUAAUGCUUUACAUGAAUUCUUUAAAAUAUGCUACCAGUUUGGAGAUGGUAAGACUUCUUUUUUAUUUUUGAAUGAAGUGUAAUGCUCACUAAGAAUUGUAUAACUAACAGAAUUAUUAUUAGUUUAUAAAAAUGGUCAUAUUCCAUUUUAAAAAAGUUAAUUUUCAGCCGUCGUUUCUUUGUUUGCUUCAGAAAGGUCUUAUUUUUGGCAAAAACAAAUGUUACAAAAUCUUUAUGACCGUAUUCUGAAAAUACAAAGAUUUCUUAAAAGAUAUUUUGAGGAAUUUUAAGAACAAUAAACAUUUCUUCCUGGUCUAUUUGAUUUCUGUUACAGAUACGAAGCAGUUUUCUAUGGAAGGCCAUUUCGUGCCACUAAAUAAUAAAAAA